UCUGUUGCUCAUCGACAGAAGGCUUGCUUUCAUCGUGCCCAUCAUGAAGCGACCGAUACUGCCACUGCUUUUGGUUCUCUGCAUCUUUCUAGCCUUCACGUUCGCGCGAGACGACCUCGAUCACAUCACGACAGAACCUGCGAAACUGCAGGAGAGUCCUCUGUCAUCAGGUACAACCCCGUUGGAACAUUCGUCAGAAAACAAGGUCGAAGAGGAGGAUGACAGCCAUGAGGGACCAUCGGUUGCAGUCAUUGAGGCUACAGCGCUGUUGCGCAAGAUCAAGCCUCCGACGACGUCCAAGCUUGCAGAUCUGGUGAAGAAGCCCACGGGAGUGAUAGGAACGACCGUAUACUAUGCCAAAGAGGCAUUUGUGCUCCUCUUCAUGAACGCGCCAAAUGCUGGCAACCUCGCGACGACUUCUGCCAACACACAACCACGGAAGCUUGGUCAACCGUUAUCGAAGGCUGUCAAUUUGCUCGAACAGGCUGCUACAGAUGAGGAAGAUCGAGAUGCCAUUUUCCUCCUCGCGGAGAUGAACUUCCACGGCAACCAUACCCACCCUGUGGAUUACGACGAAGCGUUCAAACGAUACAAGCAAUUGGCGGACAUUGAUGGGAACAGCACUGCUCAGUACAUGAUCGGAUUCAUGUAUGCGACUGGGUUGGCACCCUCUGUACCCUCAAACCAAGCGAAGAGCAUGCUUUAUCACACAUAUGCUGCUGAGACCGGCAACACCCGCUCGCAGAUGACUCUGGCAUAUCGAAAUUUGGCAGGUGUGGCAGCGCCGAGGAAUUGCGACGAGGCGGUUCAUUGGUACAAGCAAGUUGCAGACAAGGCUGUGCUUUACUAUCGUUCUGGCCCUCCCGGAGGACACAGCUUGGUUCGCGACGCCUUUAGAAUCGCCGACGAGGACGGAGGUGUGUACGGCGAGGGGGCUAGCGUAGCUUCUGCGGGUCCUAAUGCCAAAUAUGGUGGUCCGACAAGCGAUGCGUACGCGAGCAUAGAGGAUGUUCUUGAAUAUCUUGAGCUGCAGUCUUCGAAAGGCGACAUUAAGGCGACAUUCAGCCUCGCACGACUUCACUACGACGGAGCCAAAGAUCUUCCGGUCGACUUUCAACUUGCUAAGAAGUAUUUCAUGGAUAUUGCACGGCAGUACUGGACUUCGGCGAACAAGAUCAGGAAGGACGUGCCUGGAGUGACGGAGAAAUACGCCUCGAAAGCUGCUGGGUACCUGGGACGCAUGUUCCUGCGAGGCGAGGGCACGCAACAAAGUUUUAAGCUGGCUAAGACGUGGUUCGAGCGUGGACUGAAGAAUGGAGAUGCACUGUCUCAGUACAGCUUGGGAUUGAUGUAUCUUGAUGGGCUUGGCGUGGAGCAAAACACGAUGAAGUCCGCAGAGUACCUCGCAGCAGCAGCGGAUCAAGAUCUCGCAGUCGCUCAGACGAAGCUCGGCAUCUUGUUCCUCGAUCAGGGUGAUACCGCGACCGCAACCAAAUACUUCGAACUCGCCGCACGGAAUAGUCACAUCGAAGCGUACUACUAUCUCGCGGAGAUGGCAGAGAAAGCAAUUGGACGAGAUCGGUCGUGUGGCCAGGCAGCUGUGUACUACAAGAUUGUCGCCGAGAAAGCAGAGCCUGUCUGGAGUUCGCUUGCGGAGGCCGUGGACGCAUACGACGCCGGUGAUUACCAGCGAGCUAUCAUUGGGUACCUCAUGGCCGCAGAGCAAGGCAGUGAGAAUGCGCAGGCCAACGUCGCAUGGCUUCUGGACCAGACAAAACCGACAUGGUCGCCUCUGUCUUGGUUCAAAUCUGUGCAGCAAAAUGCCACCAACACCAUAGGCGACGCAGCUCUGGCGCUCAUCCACUGGACACGGUCUGCCAAACAACAAAACAUUGACAGCCUGGUGAAAAUGGGCGACUACUACCUCAACGGCAUCGGCGCGCCGGCCUCUCCCGAGCACGCUGCGGCUUGCUAUCAGGCUGCUGUUAACACUCUGCAGUCCGCGCAAGCCAUGUGGAAUCUCGGAUGGAUGCACGAGAAUGGCGUUGGUAUCAACCAGGACUUUCACCUUGCGAAGCGAUUCUACGACCAAGCUCUUGAGACGAAUCCUCGCGAAGCGUACUUCCCUGUCAAGAUCAGCUUGUUCAAACUUCGCUGGCGAAGUUGGUGGAAUGGCGUUACACGAGGUGGCGUACACGGCAUCGAAGACGAAGACAAGGAGAAGAAGCGAAGGAGUUUCGCUGAGUGGCUGAACGACUUCCUUGAAGCAGACGCUGCGUAUUACGACCAGUACGAAGCUGACGAUUGGGAAGACGAUCACAUGCCUGGCGGAGAUGCAUACUAUGACGAUCUGGAAUUUGAGGACGGUGUGCUGGAGACAUUACUGAUCGGCGGCUUGAUCGCCACGCUGGGUUUCCUGUUUUAUUACCGAGGGCGCCAACAGCGUCAAUUGGAGAAUGGGCGUUGGGUUGACCAGCAACAGCAGCCAGGCAAUGCAGGUGAAGAGCAGCAGCAGCAGCAAGAGGCUCAGCAGCAGGAUAGAGGCGUCUUCCCAGAGCCGGGCGAUCCGGCCGUGAAUGACUGGCUUGCUGGUGGCCUGCUUUGA